GGGUGCUCCGGCCCCUUCCCUUGGCCGAGGCUCGAGAGGCUCGUCAUAGCCUGCCCGAACGCCCAGGACGAGGUGUACGAGCACCUCCCGCCCACGCUCCGCGCGCUGUCCCUCCGCCACUGGAAGUUCGCGUGGCUGCACGAGGGGCUCGUCCCCUCGCUCUACCACAGCUCCGGCGCGAUGCUCGCCAUCCUCCGACGUUGCGCCGCUGCGGACAUCGAGCGCCUGGAGAUCGAGUACAGGGCGGACAGCACGUCCGAGGACGCGAUGCUGCGCUUCGUCGCCGGCGGGGCGUUCCCGCGCCUGGAGCGCCUCACGCUGCUGAGGUACGACGAGCCGUACGACGAGGGCGACUUCCCCGCGCGCAUCGCCGCCGCACUUGCGCCGAUGUCGAGCCUCCGCCACCUGAGGGUGUACUUCGACUUUUUCCAGUAC